AAAGCAGAAGCAGUAGCAAAGAGGAAGAAAAAGUGUCUAAACUUAUUAGGUGGGUUUUUCUAUUAGUACCACAAUUACUUCAAAAUUGUUUGUUUUUCAUUACAACAAAAGUAAAGUACAACAAGAAGUAUAAGAGAAAAUUAAAGAGCAUUAAGUGAGAAAGAAAAAUGGAGGUGGGAAACUUUGUGAAUCCGUUGGGAACCCUUCAAAUGGUCUCCAUAUUGAGUUGCAUGAGAUCAAUGAGUGAUGUUCUCUACGCGGAAAAAUUCCUUAAGGAAUCUGACAUCCAUAAACCGAUUGCAACAGUAAAUGCCUUGUAUCACUUUCUUCUGGACAACAAUGAUCUGGAUCUGAACGAAAGGAAACUUUACAUAGCCGGAAAGGUGGGAACCAGUUGCAAACUAAAGGGAGCUAGAGAUCCCAAUGUUGUCAGCAAAGUGUUGAAUUAUGUCAUUGAAUCUACUGUAUUUGACAAAUACGGCAGCAUUGAAGGUUUCAUAGCAUACAGUUCGAUGUCUUCUUCAGACUAUUCACUUCGAUUACCACAACAACUUAAGGAGACGUUGCAUAGAGUGGGUUUUGAAAACGAAAAGGGCGAAACAUCAUAUCUAGAUACCCUUGCAGUGGAACAAGUAUUUAACGAUAUUAUCCAACCCCUGCUACCGGGAAACAUUAGAAAAUCAUCCGAACCCAGAAAUGGAAAAUCACGCACAAGGCGUUCUCCAUUGAGCCGUAAUUUAAUGUCCAGAAUAAAAAGUAUGCAGGCAGCAAUUAAAUUGGCAAAAGAAGGUAACAAUAAACUUUCAGAAAAGGCAAUUAAAGACGAACUAUCAAAAUAUGCCUUCCAGGAACCAAAAGAAACGGAACUUACUUUUGUAAAAGACUGGGCAAAGACUAAAUUCCAGAAAAUUCCCACCUGGGCUGAUAAAUUAAAAAUAGAUCUCGCUGAUGACUUUUACAAAUUAAAGUAUUCCGAAGUGAUGGACAGUAAAGAUUUAACCGCCGCUGAUGCAACAAAGAAAAUCGACACUCUGUACCCACUCAAAGAGAAUGUUGAUAUUAGGAAAAUUCUACCAGUUGACAAAGUAUUAAAGGACUUCAAGAGACUAGAAGCUUUCAAGGAAAUGCGAUUCGAAGAUUAUUAUGCUCUUAGAUGGUACGGCGAUGAUGGAUAUGUGAAAAUGAACAAACCCUCAGAUCAGGAGAGAAGAAUGAAAAACGCCAUUUACAGAUUGGCAAUCAGACAAUUCGAGACGCCUGGCGAACAAUUCGCUCAACAUUUAUUCAGAGGAGAAUCGAGAAUUACUGCGGAAAUUAAUCAAGUACUUGCGGACAAGAAGAAAGAAUUUCAGUUCAAUAGAUUUUCGUCAACGUCAACUGACAUAAACAAGGCUAUCGAAUAUUCCCAGAACACUUUAGCUGGUCAAACUAGAGUUCUCUAUAAACUGAAUUUUGCCGAACCGAUAAUAAGAUCGAAAGCUAAUCAUUUGCUGAUUAAGGUAGAAAAUGAAACUAUUUUACUUUCUGGUACUAAAUUCCAUAUUGACAACGUAGUGGAAGAUACUAAAAAGUGUGCUAACAAGGCAGGGGAAAAAAUUCGGUGUAUCAUUGUUACUCUUUCGUCUUUGGAAAAUAAAUCGACGAUUUUAGAACGUGAAAAGAGUAUUAUGAAAGAGUUGAAAAAAUUAGCACAUGAAAAAACGAAAUAUUAUGUUGAUCUCUAAAAGGAAAAUUACUUCAAUGUUCGCCCGCAACGGACUUUUAAUAUAUUUAUUGGUAUUAAUAACUUAUUUUACUUUAUUACUUACCUUCAGCAAUUUUGUAUACACUGUUUGAUAAUAAAUUUAAAAAAAAAAGA